CGUUAUCUGAGAAGUCUAGAGUUCGCAUAGUUCAAGCGUCAGUGUGGAGUUGCGUCACGUCGGCAAUCGCUCAACUCCCAACCACCCCAAAAUGGCUCCUUGGUAAUCGAGUGGUCACAAUCAUCCGCGACAGCCGUCUUAUCUCCAAAUCAUCUCAAUCUAUCAUCCAAUAUGCCCCCCAAGGAGCCGAUACCCGGUCGCGAUGAGAAGCUCGCGCGCGACCUCUUGCCAGAUGAGGAAGAUCCAUUGUUCCUGGGUUCCAGCAGGUACAAAGCUGGGUCAAGCCGCCGCCAUACAACAUGGCGAUACGGUGUGCUCAUAUUGGUCGCGAUUAUGGUGUCGGGACUCUUUCAGAUGGCCUUCUGGCUGAUGCCAAUCCUCGGUUUCCCCGCUGCCGUGACGUCCAGUCCAACACCGAACGCGUCUGAGAAAUUCGACCUCUAUAAGCACCUGGGAAACUUGUCACCGUAUUUCGUGCCCACGAAUACCCCAGAGUCUUUGAAAAGCGGUACGCCACCCGGAUGUACGGUUGAGAAGGCAUUCCUGGUGCACCGACAUGGCAGCCGCAACCCGCUCUCAGACGAGCUGGGCGUCAUCCAGAACUUGUCCUACUACAUGAACAACCACACGGACCAAUUCUCACAGCCCCGUGCCAAGCUCCCUGCCGCCUUCUCUUUUUUCACCACUGGCUGGAACACCACCCUCAAGACCAACGAUCUCUCCGCUCCUGGCCGACAGCAGCUCUUCGACCACGGCGUAGCGCUCAGACUAGCCUACCCAAACCUCUACACCACCUCCGUCCUAGCUGGGGACCAAGACCGCGUCAUCGAGUCGGCGCAGUGGUUCAUGGACGGGUACUACGGCCGCACGGUCAAUGAGACCGCGACCCUGGAACUCAUCGCCGAGGACGAGGAGACUGUCUCAUGGAUCACGCCCAUGGACACGUGCGCCGGCUGGGAGUACGCUUACGGCAGCGCCCCUGUCGCGGAAUGGGGCGCUGUGUACCUCGCUCCCAUCGCGAAGCGCAUUAAUGCCCUGCUGGCAAAACCGUACCCGGAGGUGAACUUCACUGCUGCGCAUGUGCACGGCAUGCUCUACGGCUGCGCAUACGAAACGGCCGUGUACGGCGUGGGUGCAUCGCCAUGGUGCGAUGUCUUUCAGCCCGAGGAGAUCCUAAAACACGAGUAUGAGUACGACCUGCUCAUGCGCGGGGCGUUCGGGUACGGACUUCCUGGUGAUAUGGGACCCGUUGUAGGGAGCCUGCUCGUGAGCAAUGUCACGGCGUUCAUGCAGCAAAGCGAGGUCAACUUGUCGCUGAACUUCGGACAUGAUACCACAAUUGACAUGGGGUUGACGGCUUUGGGACUUGCUAGUGACACGAACUAUCCGGCGGAGGGGCCGGUGGAUCCGAACCGGGCGUGGAGGACGGCGAGACAGGUGCCGUUUGCGGCGCAGAUGUUGUGGAAGGGUUUGGACUGUGCAGGUAGGGAGGAGAGGAUUCAAUUGGUGCUAAAUGAGGCGAAUUUUGACCUGGCGCCAACGGGGUGUAAGAGUGAUCAGUAUGGAACUUGUAGUUUGAAGAGUUUUAUGAGUGCCAGUAUGGUAAAGACUGCGCUCAAUGUUACACAUGGUGAUGCGAGGUGGGAAGCCGCAUGCGCCGUUUAGUCCUGUAUAUAAUGUAUAAUGGCCAUUUUGGUUGGAUUGGAAGCGAUUUUGUAGGCCAGACCGACCCCAAAAACACCGAGACGUACAGAAAAGCUCUCCGGCUUCACGGGGGGGGCAAGGCUGGCAAUUCGAGCCUCUCAGGUGACUGGCAAGGUGAUGUGUUGGCAAUGGAGCGGAAGGCAGGCUGCGAUUUGGUAGCUUCUGCAACUCGCUGGUAUUUGGUGCCUACGUAUGCUAUCACUGAGCACACUAAAGUUCUCCAAUCGACGCUAUAAAUGGUCUCAGCCUCCGCGGAUUAUUCUCGUAACCUCCAAAGCAGCCGGUGUCCAUUUAAUGAUUGUAUUGUAUCCUGCGAGAAAGAUGAGAUCACUGCACAAUGAAUGGACACCCGAGAAUGAGACUCACCUCCGCAUUUUACAAGAACUUUUCUGACCACGCGGCUGCCCA